CCGGAAAUGAUACCACCAUUUAGAAACUAACUGUCAUCUGCCCCUUCCCCAAUUUCUGAAAUGUCAAAUGUCUACAAAUUACAACAAUAAUAAACACGAUGAAAUUCAAUAGAAACGACGCGAAAAAUAAAUAAUUUUGGCAAUAAUGGAAUUGUUUCGAUCAGAUCAAUAUUAUAUAUUUGUUAGAAACGAGUCAAGUUUGUGGUGGAACCGGUUAACUGGGGCUUUUUCAGUCAAAUCAGCAUGGGACCUCUCAGAUAUCGAAGAUAUAGAAUGUCUGGGCAUAACAGAAGGCAUUUUAGGCAAGGUGGAACAUUCCAAUAUAUUCGAACCGCGUCUCAUGAUCAUAAAGGAGAGUGUGCCAGUUGGUCAAAUUUAUUUUCAUCACACAAUUUAUAAAAUUAAAUCGAUAUGUUUCUUGAACAUGGGUGUGACAAAUCAAGAAGUAGAGUUGUGUCCGUGCACAAAACAUGGGUCCUCGAGCUCUGUAGCUAGUUCAGGGAGAUCAAUCAACAGGAAAAUGGGAGGGCGCCUGUUUGAGAACUCUGCAUUUCUGAAUAAAACAGUUGGUGCGGUCAAAAACGUCAGUAAUACUAUCAAAACUACUACUCAACAAGCUGCUACACAGGUGAAACAAACAGUGAAAAAGCAAAGAGAUCCAAAAUUAGCCGAACGGUUUGAGAAACGUCUCACCGAUGAGCUCCACAAAAUCUUUGACGAUUCAGAAAGUUUUUACUACUCCCGGACUCUAGACUUGACGAACACUUUACAAAGACAGUAUGAGAUUGAAAAGAUUCUGGAAACCGAAGAAGGGACAGGAAAGCCAGUUACGGACAUCACAAGAUGGUUUAAACAUGUUGACGAUAGAUUCUUCUGGAACAAACACAUGCUAAAAGACAUCAUUGCAUUAGAGAGUCCCAAAUGCGAUCAAUGGGUGCUCCCCAUCAUCCAAGGCUACGUCCACCUGUCACAAAUAGCGGUGGAACCAGCAGACAGCAACCCACUGAACACUGAGUCUCUGACCAACACUAACUCUUGCGACGAGACCUUUACUUUGGGCUUGAUCUCACGGCGGUCGAGGUACCAGGCUGGCACUAGGUACAACCGCCGAGGCAUCGAACCCGGUGGCAAAGUGGCGAACUAUGUGGAGACAGAGCAAAUCGUCUCCAUAGUCUGUUCUGACAGCAUUCACAGAGCUUCCUUCGUGCAGGUUCGCGGAUCGGUGCCCAUAUUUUGGAGUCAACCAGACUACAAGUUCAGGCCGCCUCCUCGCCUUGACAGAACCGAAGAGGAAUCUCACGGAGCCUUCAAGAACCAUUUCCAGGAAGAACUGAACAUAUACAAGCAAGUGUGCAUUGUGAACUUAGUGGAGCAGCAGGGAAGAGAGCGGAUCAUAUGGGAGACGUAUGGCAACCAUGUGCUGAAGUACAACAGCCCGGAUAUCAUAUACGCUACGUUCGACUUCCAUGAGUAUUGCCGCGGCAUGCACUACGAAAACGUGAGCAUCCUUAUCAACGCGAUAGCAGACAUCAUCGGCGAGAUGCGCUUCUGUUGGCGCGAUGACCGCGGCCUGAUCUGUGCGCAGAAUGGAGUGUUUAGGGUGAAUUGCAUCGACUGUUUGGACAGGACUAAUGUUGUUCAGACAGCGAUAGCGAAAUACGUGCUAGAACUCCAGCUGUGCCGGUUGGGACUAGGGACUCCGGGCUGCGGCCUGCCGCCGGCGCUGCGCCACGCCUUCCUCACCAUGUGGGCCGACAACGGAGACGUGGUGUCCAGGCAGUACGCCGGCACCAAGGCGCUGAAGGGCGAUUACACGAGAACAGGCGAAAGAAAAUUCACCGGCAUGAUGAAAGAUGGCGUCGCGUCAGCUAACAGAUACUACCUGUCUACCUUCAAAGACGCGCUCCGUCAAGUGGCCAUAGACGUCAUGACAGGGGAAUCCCGCUCCAUCCCGGAACAACUGUACGUGCCGGACUGCGGCCGGUGCACCUCGGUCAAGGUGCUCAUGUUCAACGAUCAGUCGGUCCCAGACACGGCGGCCAUGGCGCAGCACGUCAAGUCGCUCAUCGACGACUGCAAGAAGCUGUUGGUUGACACCGAACCCGUACUAGGCAGCUGGGGACUCAUUGACGCUGAUCCUAACACCGGCGACCCACACGAGACAGAAAUGGACAGCGUGUUAAUACUGACAAGCGACGCAUACUACGUGGCGGACUAUGACGAGACUUCAGACCGCCUGCUGUCGGUCCAACGAGUCCCGCUGGCGUCGGUCACCUGUGUGGAACUUGGGACGCUUGAUACUAGCUCCUCCACU